AUGGGGGAAGUAUUAAAUGCAACAAAGAGAAUGGCAAAAAAAUUUCAUAUUGGUGCUCGUCAUGUUUAUGAAAUAUGGGAACAUAAUGAGCAUCUUCAACAGGAUCUUGAUAAUUGGGACGAUUUUCCACCUUCUGAUUCAAAUAAUGAAGCAUGUACUAAAUCUGUUAAAAAUAUAAAAUCCAGGUCUAAGCUUAUUCAUAAUUCUGAUCAAUCUUUUAUUAGUAAUGGUUCAAUCGAUAAGGUGAAUAAAAUAUUAGAAACUAUAUCACCUGAAAUCACGCAAGAAACUGAAGAUCCUUUAGAACUUUUUAAAAGAACGCAAAAAGAUGCUAAAAAAACUAGAACAAUU